AUGCCGACUUGGGCACUGUCGUCGACAGCCAGCUUCUAUAGACGCGUGCUGCUCGAUGAUAUAUCUUACACAGGGGGAAGUACAGACAGCACCCGCGUACGGGAAUGGUUUCUUCGCUAUGUGUUGGAAACGGACCCAAUUACUACCUGCGUGUCCUGUCUUCCCACUGAAAGUGAGCUAGGCAGCUCGUCUUUAUUGCGAGACCUAGCUGCACUCGUACAUGUUGGAAACUCUAGUGUAACGGCGCGUGUAGCAGCUUUCCAUGGCUCCACAGGCAUCUGUUAUAGCGGGCUUUACUGCCUGCCGUACGAACGCACCCUUUACUUUAACAGCGUUAGGGCCUAUAGGAAUCGCCAAGGAUACCCCAAGACAACAUUCUACGACCUACUGCAAUCGGAAAUUGUCAAUGGAAUGGCUACGAUGUAUAGUUGGGAUCGCAGUAGCGCGAUACUGUUAAAGCCAACGGGCGAAAACAACGGUGGGAUUGAAGCGGUAGAGGUCAGCAUACUGGACUCAAAAAAUGUAAUACCAGUAGAGACAAAAGUUUGCUUCAAGGUAUAUCCCUCAUGUAUGUUCCAUCCCAUUCGCGCUGAACUAGACGACGACUCUUCUAUUCUCACAGACAGUGAAUAUGAGGACUAUAAUAACGAUGACGAUGCGUGCGACUCAAAUGUACCACUGCACGAUCAGAAGUCUCAGGACAGUCCAACAUCAGAGCAAUAUGAAAAACGCCCAUCCGAAUACUCGUUUAAUAACGCUAAAAACACAUACACGUCGAGCUACGAUUUCUCCAAUGGCUAUUUUGACCCACCUGACGAAGAUAUAGGCGUCCUGGAGGGCAGAAAGUUGUCUAUUCAUGGCUCGAUGUACAGAAGAUGGAACUAUAUAACACGUAAAGAUAGCCAUAUGUUGGAACUAAAAGUUGGUGCAAAUCUUAUAUACGCACGUAGUGCUAACGGUUUGUACGUAGGGAAAUACCUAGAGGAUGGCGAUGACCGUUACCUGAAAAACGUCACAAACCAGCACUAUGAAAAUCGAGACAAGGUCUACUACAUGUCUCCAAGCCCCUUCAUUCCAUCAGAAUGCGCAAUGCUUGCCGGAAAUACGCUCCUACUUUACGACGCUGCGAUGGGAGUUGACCGAGAGCACUUCCCACUGAAAAUGACCAACAAAACAGACCGAUCUACGCCAGAUAUAGCACAGACAGUGGCGUAUGGUAUGGAUAUGAAUACGCUAAUACUAGGGGGAAAUCGCCUCUACACGUUGGACCUCCGUACCGGUAGACAUGAUGAACUCUUGCCUAAAGACACAAAAGAGGUCAGGGUUACAUCUACACCGUGGACAGAACGAUUAUACGAACGGGCACCGACAAUGAACCGCAACCUGGCUGGGCCGAGCUGCGCUCGUUCAAACUACUGGAAAGAGGCCAAACCAAAUUACUGGGUUGCAUUCACCGCUAUAGCAACACAUCCUACAUACAGUUGUAUCAUGGCGUGCGCAUAUGGCACGAGCAACUGUAUAUAUAUUUGGGACAUGAGAGCACCUAUUAGACCGAUACUGGAGAUCCCACUCCCGUCCACCGAGUUUCUGGGGGCACGGUUCAGAGACCUUAUUUGGUCGGUAACGGAAGAGGGUAACGGGGAAUCUAUUUUGGUUGCAUUCUGUUGGCGCCAACGCUUCCCCAUCUCGUGCUCCUUCCGUAUCAAUCGUACCAUUACACGUUUUGUCCAAAGUAUGGUACCUGAUACAGAGCGAAGAUUCUGGAACAACUGGGUGGAGGAAUGUGCCCUUGCAAGACACAUUAAAUCAGAACAAGGGGGCGCUUUCAAAUUCCAAAAUCUGCAUACAAAUGUCGGUACCAACCGCUCCCGUAUAACUAGAGUUGGCCCAGUGCCUACGUCGAGAGAUACUUCAAAUGCCAUUAAUCUACAUACGGAAUACUCGGUAAUGACACCUGAUUUACACACGUAUUACGAUUAUUCAACUGAAACAUUCACAGACAUGCUGCCAGAUUCGACGAGGGAUUGGGUGGAUGCUCCGGAAGAAGGAAAUAGACAGCUGCUACAUGAUUUCGCCAGUGGGAAGGUAUUUGAAGAUGAUUUAGAGUUGACCGUAAAGAAAUCAGUACCACUGCAAAUCACUAGGGUUACUGGUGAAGAUAUGGACUCUGGCAUGCAGUCGGUAGGCCCUCUCAUAGAGGACGCGGCGGAAUACCCGAAAAUGCCAAUUAAGGCAGCGCAGAAGGAAGUCGUAACACCAAUUUUUCAUGGAUUCUGCGGAGUGACGGUAGUAGACAACGGCUCUGCUAGAGUACUUUUUGCGUGUACAUCCAGCGGAUCCAUAUUCGGGAUGGAUCUUGACGGGAAAAGAAAGGUGGAAUGUAGCACACCUAGCCGUUCUAGUGACAUAGCUGAACGCACCUCACAUGGAGGAGAGAUUUUCCGCUAUGUGAAAACUCUGACGGGUGGCAUACGGCUACCCGGCGCAUUCCUCACCGACGAUGUAAGGUGCAUAGCUUUGCAUUGGAAUGUAUCGUUCCGCUCCAAACCCAGCGUCCCCAUUAUCUUGCUAGGCGUAAGCAAGACUUUUGCAGAGCUACAGGAGACUGAGCAUCUACCAUUUCAUAGGGACAAAGGCUCUUUCAACUCAAGGUCACUGUUGCAGUGGCUUCUGACACAAACCAGCGAGAGCCAUAGCACAACGGACAAACACGACAUUAUGUCACUACAGGAUUUCGAGAACCAUAUAGGGUCUCGCGACCACUUGGAGAAUUUGGCAGUCAAUCUUUGGGACUGCAAUGACCUGAAAAUAGACUACGAGUACGAAUCGCAAAAUGUUAACAACCGUUUCUUGAAUCCAACGCCUCCAUGUCAUUGCUUUGCGCCACAGGGGAUCGAUUAUGAAGCCAAAGUGCUUUCUUCUUUCCUCAGGGCUCUGGAGCAACGUGAGGAUGGCACGGUACAGCUUGGAACUCUCCCCGAUGCUGAGGAGUUGUCACGUUCCUUGCAACUUAGGGGCACCACUUUGUCAGAUUAUUUGUCACGAGCAAAAUAUUCUGGAUUAGACCGCAGCCAAGAUGUACCUAUAUCGGCACAAGGGAAGGUACACGCCAAGGAAAUUGGUGAUACUCUGCUAUUUCAUUCACCAGUGUUACCUCGUAUAAGGGGAUCCGUGGAUGAUAGCGAGUCGAAGAUAGAAUCUAAUGAAGUUCACCAUCAUUUUUGCGGCGUGGGCCACCUGAUAGGGAUAAAGCUUCGUGACGAUCACGUGAAUCACCUCAGCGAACGUAUGCAAGGUCUUUUGGAUACCUGGAGAAUUUCGACCGACGAUAGCGGCGACUCAGUCGGUACCGGGAUAACGCGUUUCCACACUCCACCCAACCAAAUCGACCUGUUACGCCAGACAAAGCUCGAGCGUGACAGGCUGGUACAUCAUUUGCUUUCGCAGGGUGGUGAUUAA